AUGAACUUCGCUACGUCAACCUUUAGAGCUUUUAGGACAUGCGCGGCAUCACCGUCGUCGUCUAGGAUCCUUACGCGUCCAUUGGUCCCUUGCCGCUUCUCCGGGGCGAGACGACAUUACUCGGAAGGGACUGCCAGCACCUCGGAGGGUGAUAAGGCGAAGGACCCACAAGGAGAGAAGGGUUCAACUUCAGACCUUGAAGAAAAGAUAAAGGCCAAAGACGCUGAGGUUGUGGAUUUGACGGGCCGCCUUCGUUACCUUCAAGCAGAUUUUCUGAAUUUGCAACGAAAUGCUGCGCGAGAGAAGGAGCAAACGCGCGACUUUGCAAUAACGAGGUUCGCUUCGGAUUUGCUGGAAACCGUCGACGUCCUCGCAAUUGCUCUGAAAUCCGUGCCCGCCACUGCUCUCUCGACACACGAGUCAUCACAAACUUCUACCACCCCGCCUCCAGAAUCCCUCCCAAAAUCACAUGAAGCCUACCUUCGGGAGCUGCACACUGGCGUAGAAAUGACGCACCGCCUCCUUCUGCAGACAUUGUUUAAAUACCAUGUCAAGCCUUUUGAUCCAACCGGUGACAAAUUUGACCCAAAUCAACAUGAAGCCUUAUAUCAAGCCCCAAUACCCGGCAAAGAACCAGGGACCGUCAUCGACUGCCAGAAGACUGGCUACACUAUCAAGGACCGGGUCUUGAGGGCCGCGCAGGUUGGGGUAGCACAGGACACAUCAUAACGAAUCUGAAUAUUCUGUGGAUCUUCUGGAUAUUGGAGGAGGAGGAGUGUUGGUAGAAUGCUCGAUCAAAAUUAUAUACGUAACCGUUAAUUCGAAGAACCUCAACUCUAGAAUAUUUUUAUUUUACUCAGUAGUGGUCGUCACCGUAUCUCGACGUCAAAUUGACUGCUCAGCCGUG